AUGUCUGUGGUUAGGAGAACCUGCCAAGACCAUGGUCAGGCAUUUAGAGGGAAAGUUGCAGAGUAAUUAUAGAGUAGGUUCAGUCUAUGCAGAGAAACGUACCAUUUGGAGAGAAGUGACUACUGAAAACAGACUGGUACAUCCUCUCUGUCCCUCCUCUUCUUGUGGGACAGGCUCAAGGAACUUAUAGUCAAAAACACUUGAGGCAGACAGAAAGAAGGCUCCAUACACUUGAAUAGCAAAGGUUGCCGAUGAGCCCAUAAUACGAAGGUAAGAAAAGUUUAACUAUUAGGGCAGAAAGUAGAUAAUAUAAUACAGCAACACUUUCGUAAAGCUUUUCUGUGUUAUUUUUUUCUGUUAUUUGCAUUGAGAGAAAAAAAAUAUAUUUUUGUUUUUUGCUGUUUGAAUUUCAUAUUGAGUAUUGAGUUUCACACUUAAAUCGAUGCAUGGGGAGAAUACCAUUUGAUGUGUUGUGUAACGUAAUCAGGCAGAAAUUUGAGGGUUCAAAUUAUUUGUGUACAUUUUAGGAUAAUAAGACUGAACUUUUUCAGAGCCCAGUGUUUGGAAUAUAUCUGACAGUAUUACUGUUGGUCUUCUAGGUCAAAGCACUGAAGAGCAGCGUAUCCCCAACUACCUUGGGGUUGACGGCAAUUACCCAUCAGACGUGGACUACCUAAACUGUGUGGAUAGUUUCCAAAACGGUGCCACCAUUAAGCGGCUAAGCCUUAAGAGGAGGCCCAGAGUGGCCGUCAGUCAUGUGGAAAAACCACAGAGUGGUAUUUCAACCAGCCAGUGGCAUUCUGCAGAAUCCUUGUCAUCAUCCACUAGUGAUGAUACAAGACUACUGGGAAUGUCCUCUACAACCAGAGGUCGACCUCCUCUUCCUCCACCACAUGGCUUGUUAUUGGACCACAAACUCUCAAGGAAUGAAGGACCAACAUCCUCUCAAAUGCUUACUGAGUCAAAGCCUCAACCUGCUGCAAGAUCCCUUAAUUUACAAAGACAAAACCCUGUGGUGGAAAAGACCACAGCGGAGAUCCACAGUGCCUCAGAUCAGGAGAUACCGAGCCAACCUCCACCUCAGCCAUAUCCCAGGCGACGACUGGCCAGCUUUGGAGGUGUGAGCUCACCUGGGUCGCUUUCCCCCUUCACCGGCCUGGGCGCAUAUAAUCAAAACAACAAUGGGAACAAGCCUACAAGCACAGCAAGUGAUAUGCAUAUCCAUCUUAGCUCAUCCCUGGGUGGUAGAGGCAGCAUAGGAUGCCUCAAGCUAAGCCCACAGAGCUCUGGUAGAUCCACCCCAGUUGCAAGUCUCGGGAGCCAAAUGCACCUGCAGCAUGUCCGUGACCAGAUGGUGGUUGCUCUGCAGAGGCUUAAGGAGCUUGAAGAGCAGGUGAAAAUCAUCCCCAUCCUUCAGGUAAAGAUAUCAGUCCUUCAGGAGGAAAAGCGGCAAUUGGUCUCCCAGCUCAAGAAUGUGGGUGACAGUGAUGAAGACAUAACGGAAGACAUCUGGAAGAGGGUGCGUAGCAUUGAGAGAUCUGACACUGAGAACAAGUUAAAUACAGAAGAAAGGAUGGAGGGAAUAGAAAAAACUUUCUGCUCUGAUUUCAGUGAGUUCAGGCAACUGACCAAAGAGAUGCAGGCAUUGGAGUCGACCAUCAAGGGUGAAUAUGUGCCGGCACGUCACGGAAAAGCCCAAAGACCUCUUCAUGAUAAGACUUUUAAGUCAGUUGCAGUUGGAACUGAUGGAGAUAUAGACAUAACUUCCUCUAAAGCCACAAAAGAAAGCAAAUACACUCACACUGAUCGAGUACAGGUGAGGUCUAUUGGAACAGAUGUUUCUGAAGUCAAUCUUGGCAUUUACAAGGAACGGGAAGCAGAGCUUGACACCCAACAGCUAAUAAUUGGAACCUUAAAGGAGAGAAUUUGUUACCUGGAGGCAGAGUUGAAAGAAUCAGCUCUGCAGAAUGAGAUGAGCCGUCUGAAAUUGGAGCUCCAGGCUGCAGGAGCCAGGAACAGAGCUGAUAAAGCCUCUUUUGCUCAGCCAUCCACCAUGAGCAUCGGCGUAGAGGCAAGGCCCCACACCACUAGCCAGGGAGUCGGUAAUCAUACCGAACUCCGAGAUGCCAGCACAGGAGAGGCAAUUGAGGUGAGGACUGUGGGAGUGUCCUGUUGUGGGCCUGCAUUGAAGAAUGUUAGUGCAGGACCAGAUGUUCCCAUGAACCACUGGGAGGUCAGGGAGCGAGUGAAGACUUUGGACAAAGGCGUUGGGAUCCAAGUUUCUACCAACACACAAGGAGUUGGGGUGGAAGUAAAAUUCAGUGACAUGGAAACCAACACUGAUGUGCCAGUGGAGAAUCUGUGGUCUGAGAAAAGAAAGAUCAAGAAUCGCUCAGUAGCUUGUGGGGAGUGUUCGGUUGACGUGGAAGUGGUUUCUCAAGGUAUUUCAACAGACAAAGUUCGAGGGGUGGAUCUGGGGAUCAUGGCAUCUCCUCAGACAACUUCCCAGCGCACCAACACCGUAUCCAGCUCAGUGUCUCGCUUUACCAACACCAGACAUGCCUUCAAUACUGACUCUAGCACUAAUACCAUCCUGAGUACCCAAGACAAGCACACCAACACCACCCAAACUGCUACUAGGACAGUGUCAGUGGGUAACAGGGUCAAAGAUAUCAAAAGCAGCCCAGAGAUGCGCACUAUUGGUGUGGGAACUGGGAAUCUGUUUGAAGGGGCCUUGAAACAAACACCAGGGAUGGUCAUGAAGGUUACCCGUGACACUGGUGUUGGAUUAACCAACAUCUAUGAUAAUUUCCUUGUUGGGUUGAAAACACGAAAUAUGGCCUCUGGACCAUCCCAUCUACCUGACCCCAUUAAGACAAGGAGUAUCGGCGUAGGAGAAGGGAGGGUACGAGAGUUUUCUGUUCAAUCAAACAAGCUUGGCCAGAUGUUCCAGCAGUCUUCACAGUCCAAGUGGGAACCGGAGCUGAACCAUUACAUAGAGAAGAUGCAGUGGCUCCUCAGAGAGCAUGGAGACCUCCUCACAGAAGACUGCACUCCACAGACAGAGGAGUUUGUCCCGCAGCAAAGAAGCCAAGAAAGUACCCCUUUAAAGCUGUCCUGCAUUGGCAAAGCUGCAGCGCAAGAAGAACCAGAAGACCAUGCAGUAGAUGCUUAUCCACUAGGUAACACUACAGAGAUUUCAUAAUAAGCAUAACAGGCACUGUGUGGUAUUAGAUUCUAGCGAUAGAGAUAAAAAAACUACCUUUUCUUUUGACCAUAGAAAGACCUUUUCCUUUGAUCAUUUCCUUCAGUUGCUUUUCUUUCAUCUUUAGAUAUAUCAAAGAAAAAAGUUGAGCAACUGAAAAAAAAAAGUCUCUUUAAAGUGACUUUCUCCAGUGAAAACAUAUUUAAAAAAAAUAGGUGUUGAAAGACAGGUUUCACAGGUACUCUUACAAUUUUUAAAAUUUUCUUCUGAAAGUUUCUAAAAACCUUUUUUUGAGUCCUGUUUUUUGGUGAAAAUAUGUUGAUGAAAUAAAAUCUGCCUUGGAUAGUGUUUCUGAGGUAUCCUGUUUUUUGGGUUCUUUUUAAAAGCAGGUGAAAAGUCUCCAUAGAGUUUCUUAGGAUGGCAUUUUCCCUUUUCUAUUUGUGAAAGCAGGUGGAAAAUUAAAUUUUUACAUGUAAAACAAUGUAGUUGUUGCUGCAAUAUUCAAGUUAACCACAAGAGGCAGAAGCAAACCACUUGCCCAUGCGUUGAGUUGGACUUGAUGCACGUCUUUUUGAUUGGAAUCAAAUGGUAAAAGAUAACUUACUUAGCUACAAACCUCAAAGUUAUCAAAGUAGAAAGUGCCAACUGAUUUUUUUCCAAUAGUUCUACUUGUGGUAAAAAAAUGAGAUUUACAAAUCAAAUCAAUCUUUGUUUUACCAAACUCAUAGGGUGCCUUUUAUGAUGGCAAUGAAUCGAUCAUCAUGCAGGAGUGUUGUGCCGCCUUGUUUUGACAUAGGCGUAUUGUGAGAAUAAAAAAAUGCACCCUUUAAUUGUAACUCUCCUAAUAACCUGUUUUUGUCAAAGUCUCCAGAGAUAUCCCGUCUAAACUUGUGGAGGAGUCCUCCGAAUGUGAGAAAGCUGAAAAGGAAUUCUUACAACGAGACGGCAAUGAGGUGAAAAAGAUGAUUCAGAUGUUAGAACAACAGGCAUCCUCAGCUCGUCAAGGUAAACAUGUGUAUCUCUGUGUAUUGGUACAAUGGGCGAGAAUAUCGCCUGUGUUAAAGCUGUCCAAUUUAAAAAUAUACUCCACUUUCAGACAACUCCCUAGCCCCAGUUUAACUCUUGUGAGGUUGAGAGGAAGUGGCUGCCUUUGGCUUGGCACGUUGGCUUUUGUUAGGGAUACACACUUGCAAUGUUUGGAAUGAAAUCUGGUUUUGGAAGGCGCCUCGUACCACAUACCAGUUUGUGGCCGAGGGUCUAAAAUUGAAUGGCUGCGUAGGAGGGGCUGGUGUCAGAGAGAGCGUUCUCAUUUGGAAUGAAGCCUUUUGGUUUGUAAGAAUAUGUUAACUCGCACAGACAUGGCAGAUGACAGAAAGAUGAAUGAAGUAUGAAACAGGGCUGUACAGCCAUGGAAAAACUAGAACUCUGAUUUUAUACAUGAAUAUAUAACAGACAGAUGACAUGUAUUAAAAUCUGUUUACUUAUCUCACGCUAUAGGUGUUUCAUUCAGUUUGAUUAAAUCAUAAGUGUCUGUGUUGGAUGUGCUUGUAUGUAGGCAGACAGGUGUAUUAAACCUCUGUGGAUGAUUGGCCGGGUCAUGGUUUUCCCUCAUAAUUGGCUGGGAGAUGACGUCAGCCAGCCGCAUAACUAUUUGUUCUGAAUCUGCAUUUGUUUUUAUUAUUUAGAGGUAAAUUCCUAGUUUAGUUAAAAUUGUUUUUCUCGUCUUUUGUUCGUUAGUGUUUUGUUUGUUAGUGAUUGUACUUCGGUUUCUUUGAUUUCUGAAUUUAGUUUGUUCUUUGUUUUUUUUUAGCCUCGAUUCACCCUGAAGGUAAAUUCUAAUCAGUUUUUUCAUUUUUAUUAACUAAUCUAAUAUUUGUGAACAAAUAGUUUUGUUGUAUUUCUUCAACUAUUCGUUCUUGUGGCUGCUUGGGGAUGAUGAGGGGAAUGGGUCUUUUCAUGUUGUGGAAUAACAACUCUGACGGCAGCUCCAUCUGACCUCAUGAAGAGUAGAGAGGUCAGAUGGAGCAACAUAAACCACAUGAGCUUUAGUGAAAAAUGCAAUUGGAUAACUUGUGCAUAGUGAGUAAUUUCCAUCAAUGAUAAGCGUCAGAAGCUCUUGCAGCGAUUUCAGAUAGAUGCAACUAUAAGUGUAAUCAAUGCACGUGCACACAUUGCAGGUGCAAUUCAAACCAUUAAGAAUCAGUUUUGCCAACCUAGCAACUUUGUCGCUAGAUUUAGCGACUUUUCUGACCCCCCUAGCGACUUACUUUCAAGAAAGCGCCUAGCGACAAACCAAGCGACUUUUUCUGGAGUUCAGAGACUCUAACAUGAAAGCAGGUAUUAGAUGUUACUCUUCUCAACGGGCAGCUGGUGUGCAUCAAGAACACAGACACAGACACCCUGAGGAAGCGAGGAAGAAUUUGACUGAAAAAUUAUGAAAAUUAGGAGAUGACGUCAUCUAGCGACUUUUACGACAGCCACUAGCGACUUUCCUUACUGAACAACACUGUUAAGAAUCAAAGUGUGCUUCCCUGUUAUUUUGCAGAAAAGUCAGCUAAUGCUGCCGUCCUGCGGCCUGUAAGGAAGAAAUCAAGUGGGGACCAAGGCUGCAGCAGCAACAGGAAGAAUAUGAAGUUCAUGGAGGUGACAACAGGGUAACAAAAUCACAUCUUAACGUUUUUCAAAACGAGUGAAGGACUUUGUAUUCCCAGUAUUAAUGCUCAUGCUACCUCUUCAGAUUGGACCCUGUCUCGUCUUACUUGCUCUCUGCAAGUGAGAAGGAUAACUCUGGGGAAACCGACAGAAAAGUGAACAAAAAACUCAAGGAUGCUUCUCAGGAUGGAGCGCAAUCAAGAAAAGGAAGAAGCGGCUCCGGCAAGGGGUCAAAAGGGUCAACAAGAACACAGCUGCAACAAAGGUAAUGCAAGAGUCCAGGCUUUUUUGGAAGUCAGCUGAGGCACCCAUGAAUCUUGUUUGAGAGCUUCAUCUCUAACCUGCAGUAUUUUAUUCCUUCAAGGUGCAGGUUGAGUGAGAAGAUGUUUUCUGCUUGUCAAGCCCUGAAAAAGCACCUGAGUAAUGAGACAACAUUAUCCGACAGAGAUUUGGUAUGUUUUUGCUCUCUGCGUUCACUGUGAGGACCAGAAGGUUACUAUUUCUGUGUGUGUGUGCGUGCGUGCGUUCGUUUGUUCUUUCAUGCGUGCGUGUGUGUGUGCACGUUAAAUGGUAUGUCAGCGGAUGGGUGUGGAGAGAUGGGUGUACUGAAGUAUGUCAUUUUAUAAGAAAUGACUUUGGCAUUGAAAAUGCAAAGCACAGGAAUGUGUCAGCUCUGCAAUUUUCCGUCAUUGUGUUUGUCUUCAGCUUGAGAACAACGUUUUUUUGUUCAGGGAAGACGCUCCUCUCUUUCUCGAUAAACUGGUAAACAGAUAGAGGGACGGAGAAUUCAAAGGAGGCAUAUGAAAAAAGACUGUAAAGACCUGAUAAUGAUACCUGAAACGCAGUGAAAGCUCUCACUUCGAAGGAUUUAUUGAAGACAGAGUCACAGGCUGUUUCAAUUCUGUCUCGGUAUUUACUUGGUUAUGCUCAUUGUCUCCUUUCAUUCCAGUCCCUGUCAUUCAGACGCUCUUAUCUAUCUCAAAGCAGUACUUUAAAUUACUUUUGCAACUUUCAAGGUAUGCAUAAAAACAUUUCUGUAUACUUACACCCGUGUUUUUGUCUUCUUUGUGGCUUGCAGCACGACUGUCUUCAAACUCUCCAGCAGGAUUGGUUCUCCGUGUCCAGUCACAAGUCAGCUGCUCCCGACACCGUACAGGAUUACCUGUCUACGUUUCGGGUUAUUGCACCCUCUGUGUUGCAGCAUAUAUCCAACAUGGCCGACAGCAACGGAAACACAGCUCUGCACUACAGCGUGUCUCACUCCAACUUUGGCAUUGUGAAGAAACUGCUUGAUGCAGGUCCAGUAUCAAUCUCUGUUUUUACUAGGGCUAGGCCAGGGGUCGGCAACCCGCGGCUCUGGAGCCGCAUGCGGCUCUUUCCUCCCUAAGCUGCGGCUCCCAAUGGAUUUGGAAAAUAAAUAAUAAAUACUUAAUUGCAUUUUAUUUUAUUUUAUUAUUAUUAUUUUUUUUGUAAUUCUAAAUUCAAAGAUUAUAAUGCUCUUGUAACAUUAAAUAAACUAUUAAGGCUGCAACAACGAAUCGAUUAAGUAGAUUCGUCGUGACGAAAAAAUCCGUUGCCAACAAAUUCUGUAAUCGAUUCGUCGGGUCUUUAUAUAUGUCCAUGGACACCGGCGUGUGAACAUCAGCAGGACACACAGAAAAGAAACAGCCAUGGCCGAGGCAGCGGCUGAGAAAAACAUGGUCACAACCCAACCCAAAUCCCGAUCUAAAACAUCAGUGGUGUGGGAAAACUUCACCAAGACUGAAAAGGAAGGCGUUCAGUGCAACAUUUGCAAAGACCGUUUUGCAUGGCUCGGGAGUACAUCGAUGAUGCGUGAGCACAGGGCUCUCAAGUCUCAUGCAUUCAGCGUUUGACACACGCAUUCCCACUCGUUCACACGCUCACACACCACACAUUGUAUUUCUCACGCACUCAAAUGAACACGGUGAUGUCCACCAAGUUGCACUUCUUUAACUAUGGAACAGGAAGAAAUCAGCUGAGUUUCUCCGAGAGUUCAGAAGCUGCGUGCCACACACAAGCCAAUCAAAUAAAGUAUAUCUACUGAACAGCCAAUCAAAAAGCAGCAUUGCUGUAUCCGGGUAGAUUUUGAUAUCUUGCGGUUUAACUACAGAAGAAGACAGACACUCGCCGAAAUAGUUCAUUUAUUUCAUAAAUGCAACUCGCUACAGUUUUUUAUAUACUUUGUAUAAAGGUAAAAAAAAAAAGAUAUAUGCAAUGUUAUCUUCAUUUUAGAUGUCAAAGAGGUUUUGUGGCUCCCUGUGUUUUCUUUUCUGUGGGAAACUGGUCCAAGUGGCUCUUUGAGUGUUUAAGGUUGCCGACCCCUGGGCUAGGCGAUAUGGCCUUAAAUCAAUAUCACGAUAUAUUGAGCAGUUCACCUCGAUAACGAUAAAUGGAGGAUAACUACUCCACAAGCUGUUCACCCCCUCCCACAUUAACUUCGUCUACUUUAGCCGCCGCUCCAGCCGCUACAACUUUUGAACUGUCCUCCAUCUCCUCACCUGUCUGUCCCUCUUUGUUAUGGACUGGAUGGCGUGGAAUCACGUCUCUGGCAAAAUGGCCUUGGUUAUUGUGGUAAAUUUCGGUAUCAGUAAAUUUUCGGUUUAUCGCCCAGCCCUAGUUUUUACUGCGUUUCACCACUUCAACCCCCAAAUGUCGGGGGGUGUCGAGGUCAAAUGUCACUUUGACCUUCAAGCUGUCACGACAUAAUGACAAACAUUAUCCUUAAAACACCAGAAAUAAGAAAGGGACUCAGUGCAGAUUCAAAACCUGAAGUCAAUUCUGUAUUUUAUUCACCCCUGUAUUCAACUCACAUAUCGAUCUUGUUGUUUGUCAAGUCACAGCCUGGAGCUGGCUCAGACCUCUUGACCCCUUCACAGGGUGCCCGUCUCAUCUGUGUUAAAUCACAAAUCGAAUCACAUCCAGCCUUAAUGUCCAGAUACAACCUAUACGUUUAUCCCAUUCAGACUGAAUUGACAGAAUUUGUCUUCUCAGUUCAGUUGUUUGUUAUUUUAAUUUGAUGCCUCGGAUCAAAGCAAGAAAAACUAAAACCUUUAGAAUCGACAUUUAGUCUGAAAAAUGCAAAGUUUGCAGAUGUACUAUCAUUAUAAAACCUGCCAUAGUCAGCACUUGUGGAAAAGUUAGUAUUAAAAAUGUCACAAAUAAACACUUCAAUAUAAUUUCUCUCUCUUCUCUGCAGAGGUGUGUAACGUAAACCAGCAGAACAAAGCAGGAUACACACCCGUCAUGCUGGCUGCACUGGCAGCUGUGGAGAGUCCAGAGGAUAUGAAAGUUGUUGAGCAGCUCCUCGCCAAAGGAGACGUCAACGCCAAGGCCAGCCAGGUCAGUCUGUGACUCCUCUGAACUCUGUCCAGAAUUUAAAAAAAAAACAUAGUUUGGAUUAUUAUUACAGUGAAUGGGUGAAUAAGAAAGUCAAGUUUUAUUUUUAAACCAGUUCAGUUUCAGCUCUCAGGCUCAUUCCUAACUGGUUUGCGUGGUAUUAUUACAACUAAUUAUCCUGGAGUGAAUGUGCACCCCACAUAAACCAAGAAACCAAAGAAAAGUUUGUUCUGAAACUUUAAGAAGAGGUGUAUUUAUCUUCUUCUUCAACAUUUAAUAAUGUAUUUUUGCCAUGCUUAAUAAUACCCUCAUUAAAGGCUCAAUAUAGGCUAUGUAAUUUGCUCCUGAUCCAAGAAAAACAUUUACAGAAGAAUCUCCUUUCAAAAACCUCCUCCAAAGCCAAACCUUGAUUAAUAGCCUCUCAUUAUGAACGUGUUAGAGGUUUUUUUUUUAAGCAUAGUUGUUAUUGCAUGUUUUGCAAAAUUGUGCACCACUUGAAAACUUAAAAUUACACUUGCAAUUCAUCAAAAUUGCCUCAACAAUAUUGCCUUGUAAUUAGCUCAAAAUGAAGUAGAAAAGCACAAGAUGACUGAAAGUAAAUUGCAGCAUAAUGGAGUUCAAUAACUCAGAUGGAUGUACAUUAUACUUACACAGACUUUAGAAAGAUUGAUCUGUUUCAAUCCAAUAAUAUUAUUGAUUGAGACAGCAUCCUCUACUUAAUUUCCUGCGUUUGAUUCGUACUCUCUGCCCUCCAGGCCGGUCAGACGGCUCUGAUGCUGGCUGUGAGCCACGGCAGGAUGGACAUGGUGCGUGCACUCCUGGCCCAGGGGGCGGAGGUCAACCUGCAGGAUGACGAGGGCUCCUCUGCGCUGAUGUGUGCCAGCGAGCACGGCCACGCUGAGAUGGUCCGCCUCCUGCUGGCACAGCCGGACUGCGAUGCCUCUCUGACUGACAGUGUAUGUGAGUCAUUGCUGCCACUUUUGUGCAGAUUGUGCAAGCCCCGAUUGUUUCAAGCUGUGAAGCAAAGAGCACUCUCACCUCCUGUCAAUUACAAAGAGAGGAGUAAAGCUGUCUCAAGGAGCCUCCAUUGAGGAUGUCAGAGAAACAAGGUGGAGGAGCUGUGCCAAGAUUUCUUCACCUGUGAAUGCACAAAAUCCACUUCAGCUCAAUUCCAACAACUUUAUUUUACCUCUCAGGAGAAUUGGUGCUGGUCUGAUGAUAAAAUAUGUAAAUAACUGCAACAAACAGUCAACAAUAAAUCAUAAAUAAGAGCUAAACUGUAAACCCAGGCUUUUAUAUUACAUUGGACAUGGUCACUGUGGUGUACUUCCAAAUUUCAGAGUCCCAGCGAGUCUUGUUUUUAAGCCAAGUGAGCAUAUUUGUACAAGGGGGCUUGCCCAGGACUAUUUUUAGUUAGCAGCAGUCAGUAAGGCUAGCUUGGUUAGCUAAUUAUAAUUUGGGUGAUUACUCCUUCUGGACGUGAAAAGGCUUUAAAUGAAAUGUGCUCAUGAAUGAAUGAAUGAAUGAAUGACCCUGAAGUUGCCACUAGCAGAGUUUGCUUUGCCUUAAGAGCGUAAUACACAGACUGUAAGUGACAGAGACAUCAACAGCCACACAAAACCACACAUAAUCAACAUUAGAGAAAGAAAUACUGCACACUCCUAUCUAACCUUAUCCAGGUAAGACCUCCCCUUAACACUGGAUACAAGCUCAACUUCAAAAUAGCACUGUCAGCGUUACAAUGUCCUCAAAAAACAAGAUACACAGUUGAGCCCUUGCAAAUCUUACAUCAGUUUUAAUUUGUAACUACAGGGGGACAUGGAGGAAUGUCUUCUUAAUCAAUUCUUUUUUUUUAUUGUUUUUAAAAUCAUUGAGUUGUUUACCCACCAGUCUUUUAAAUUGCGUUAUCGGAGUCCCCUGAUUCGUCUCAUUGACAACGAACUAUCAGAGUGACGUCAUCUGCAGAUUAAGUCGCUGUACUGUUAUCCUGAAGAUAAGCGCAGUGAUUGGUAUACAACACAAACAACAAAGGUAUGAGGACGCAGCCCUGUGGUACUCCAGUAAGAGUGUUGAUAAGUGUGUUUUCUAAAGUUUUUAAACAUAGUUAAAACUGUCACCACUUUGCUGAAUGCAAAUUGCAAAAUGGACAACUUUACUUUUAAUUUUAGAGUUUCAAUGAGAUAAAGUCAUUUGAAAUGUUUAAAAAAAAAACUUAAUUUCGGAAAAGGGUUUAAAAUAUUUCAGUUUGGGGGGCAUGAUCAGAGAAGAACUGCACAGAACUUUUAAUGUGUUACUCCCUCUGAUCUCUGGAUUUUCUUGUUUGAUAUUAUUCAUACGUGGUGUUUGAUACACAAAGUGAACUUGUGCAAGCAGUUUGGGCCAUAUACUGUAAAGAAAGCUAUUUUUUGCAGGUAACUUACAAUGUAGAAACUCUCAUUUUUCAUCGACUUGUAUCCCAGUGGAGCUGCCUCCUCCUGACUGUUUAGGGAAUACUAAACGAUCAUCUACUUCCCUCGCACAGUCUCUUUGCACAGUAACCAGCAGAAUCUCUCAUAAUGUUUCAAAGUUUGUGUGUUCACAGGAUGACAGCACGGCCCUGUCCAUCGCUCUGGAGGCCGGACAUCAUGACAUUGCAGUGCUUCUUUAUGCACACAGCAACUUCUCCAAAGGACAGACAGGGGUAGGAGGAUUACAGUGUUUUCUUUCACAUUUAUACCAAGUAUAGCUGAGGAAAGUGCAUCGUAAUUUAUUGUUUGUGUGUCUCUGUGUCUUUACAGGCAGCCGCUCGUCACCGGUCACUCUCCAGUUCAAGUGGUAGAAACAUCUCUGAAUGA